CUAUAAACUAUAUAUUUCAAGAAGGCUCUGUCAUUCUGUGAAAAGAGAGAAAAAUGCUGAAGAACAACGCACUUAGAGGAACAGAGAAUUUUGUUGUUAUUCAAAUAAGAGGAGCUACCGAAGAAGCAUCGCCUGAACAAACACCUCAACCUCCUCCCAAGUUCAACAACCUCUCUGCCAUGAAGCUCUUUCAACGCUUCCGCAAGAUCUUCAUGCGCUUUGUUUUCUCGGUACCUUCUCGCCGCUCCAAGGAUUCAAAGCACAAAGUUUCCGACCGGUUCGAACCGCCCAAGACUUCAUGCAGUUCUUACUAUUCCUCUUACUCGCAUUACAACGAGGCCAUUGCUGAUUGCAUCGAGUUUUUCAACAAGUCAGCACAAGAUGGCAUUUUCGACGGUCGAAAAUCUGAUGUUGUCUGAGUCCCACAUCAUCCGACCUUUGAUUAAUGUUCUGUACCCGUGCUAUGUCGCCAUCACACGUCCUUCAUUAUACUUACGAUUAUAUAUUUUUUUCUUAUGCACAGUGAUUGAUGAUGUAUAUGUAAAUGAGAGAGCAUUGUAUUUUGCAUAAUGGAGUUACUUCAAUUCCUUGGCUUCUAUUUUACUUGUUGAUAUUUCAAUUCCUGGGUAAUGUUGAAUGUUAAGUUGUUCUGGGAUGAUGAAUAAUGAAUUGCAAAACAAAAUUACUAUCUAUAAAAAU